UGACCGACCAGCCAUGGCCCACGAGAGCAUUUAUCCGUUUGCCAUUCUGACUGGUGGUGUGGCCAUGAUGGGUCUUCUGCAGUACGGCGUUGGUCGCCUGCUCAAGCCUGAUGAGCAUCGCCGCAUCAAGCAGGAUCCGUGGGACUUUCUGAUGCGUGAGCGCGACCGGCGGAUUCGGUCCAACGAGUUUGCGGCCUGGGCGGGUGAAACCCCGCCGGCGGCUCCCACACCAGGCGAGGAUGCUGCUCAUGCAGCAGAGUAAGCAGAGGCUGAGAUCGGUCGACGGCCAUGCGCAUACGCUCGCGCUCCCGCUUGCGAUUGCUCUGCAAUCCGACCUCGCAGGCAGAGGCCUUGAGCUAGCCCGCGUUCCGUCAUCACAUUGUCGUCGUUGCCUUUCCACUUCCAUUUCUCUCCCCCUCUCUCCUGCCAGCAGCACUGCAUUGCUGCUUGCAUGAAAUGGGUAGAGUGUGGAGGCGGUGACUGCGCUGGUGGUGAUCACGGCGGCGCCGUGUGUACGUGCAAGCUGGACACCGAUCUCGCCCUCACAACACAUAAAACAACCAUAUCCACA